AUGGCCAACAUCUAUGCCAACGCACGUCAAGUUCUAGUCUACCUGGGACGGCCUUUCGAUGGUCACGCCGAAACCAUGCAGGCAAUUACAGACGCCAUCGCUCAGCUCAAAGCAAAGUACAGCGACACUGCUGCCCUUAGACUCGCUCUUGAGCUCAACACCGAGCUCCCAGACGUGCGGUUGCCAGUGGCCCUUACGGAGGAACGACUUAUCGCUUUCUACUCCAGUCGGUGGUUCACGAGGCUUUGGGCACUUCAAGAGGUCGCUCUUAGCAGGAACGCCAUCGCUUUCUAUGGCCACGAGAGCAUCAUCCUCAUGGACGCCAUCUUGCUUGCGCAAUGGAUCGGGAAACGAGAUUAUCAACGAGGCUCGUUCCGGAAUCGCAAGCUGGGCCUGCUGGCCCGCAGCAUCGAUUACGCUCGAGCAUUGUAUCGCAUGCGCUGUUUCUACGAAUAUCCGAGUAGCCACGCCUUGGGCGACUGUCGUCCAGGGGUCUCUUGCCCCGGACUUCCCCUACACGAUAUGCUUCGAGAGACGCAUGAUCAUCUCAACUCGGAGCCCCGGGAUAAGGUGUAUGCGAUUCUUGGACUUUGCGGUGCCGAUGUUGGGGAGAAGAUCAAGCCGGAUUACAGCUUGCCUCUCCCGACUGUGUACACCCAAGCGGCGAGACUGGCUUGCUUGGUUGAUGGCGACGAGGACUCGCUGGACAUUACGCGGCUGGCGCGCGUGCUGGGCAACAAGCCGACGCAGUGGUACAAGGAGCACAAUUGGCCGACCUGGGUUCCCCUCUGGCAGGAAGUCUACGAUCCGCUCGUUAACCCUUGUGGCUUCCCGUGGUGGAUGUUCAACGCCGCUGGGGACACGACCGCUGAGCUGACACCGGCUCCGUUGGGGGAUCCUGUGCUUCGAUGCGAAGGCGUCGUUGUGGAUGAGGUGGAGUACGUCUCGAGGCCAUUCGUGCCGCUUAGCGAGCACGAGACUACGGACGACCUGCGUCUUGACUUUGAGAACGCUGUGAGGGAGCUAUCACCGCUAGCCGCCAAGGCCCUGACUCCUAACGGACAGUCGUACACGACUGCUCUGGGUCUAACCCUAGCAUGCGGAUACUACCCCUUCAUGCAGUCUGAGUACUCACUGGGAGAAACACAUUUCGGCGCCGCCCUUCAAAACACCUCCCUACGCAGCCUCGUCGCCCUGCUGAGCCAGUCGGCCCGGGACAAUCUCGACGAAGGACUCGGCGACGAAGCCAGGUAUCUGUUACAAUUCCAAAUCCACACUCGAUUUCGAUCGGUCUUCUUCACGAAGAGAGGAUAUAUGGGGCUUGGAUCGCAGCACAUGAUGGUGGACGAUGUGGUUUGUGUACCCUUUGGGAGCGAUGCGCCUUGGAUGCUCAGGAGGGAGGGUGGGCACUAUGUGUUUUUGGGGCCGUGUUAUGUUCAUGGGAUUAUGGGGGGCGAGUUUAUGCGAGCUGCGAGUGGUGAUCUGGUGCGGUCUUUUGAGAUUCAUUGA